AUGCUGAGUAGUGAAAGUAUGAUAAUGAACUAUACUACUAAUGAGAUCGUGUAGAUUUCUAAUCCUGAUGGCCUCAAUUCAUCAUAAACUCCUACCAAGGCCAAGGUGUAAAAAGUUUAAAAAAAGAUUAGAAAAGAAUCAGCUUCCUCUGCUACUAACAAGAGCACUCCUAAACAGUAAUAGUAGCACCAACAAAUUCAAAAGAACAAGUAAGUCAUUUCUUAACUUACCUCUCCUAGCUGGUCUGAUAAAACAGUCAAUUUAGCAUCUUCUACCUGCUCGACUGCUCCACCUUCCUUGACUUCUAAAUGCUCAAUUUCUUCAUCAGGUGCCCCUAGCUAGGGUUCUUUGAACGGCUAGUGUCUUGCAAAUACUCCUUAUUAACUAAAUCAACAGUAAAAUCAACAAUAAUAACAAAAUUUGUAUUAAGCGAAUUCAAAAAAGAAGAACCAGACUAAGAUUUCACCUCGUAGUUAGGCUUCUUCCCUUACUUCGGAGAUCUCUUCCUUCGACUUGUAUUCUUACAACGAUUGUGUUGGGUCUUCGACCAGUAGCACUAAUCAAGGAGUUACUAAUCGUCCCCACCUUUAGAAUCAGGCUAAUUUCACCCAACCUCCCUAUGAAUGUAUAAAUAUACACGCUAACUCAAUAAACUUCUCCCCUGCAAUCUCUCCGAUUCAAGAAUCCCUUAACUAUUAGUAAGCUCCCCUUCACACUCAAGAUCAUAUUUUACACUCUCCUUCACCAAAAUCUUCAGUUUACUAUCAACAAAACUCAAACCCCCAAACUUACACUUAAUCAUCUUCAUAAAAGAAUAAUUUAAAUAGUAGCAAUGCUAGUUGCUACUCAAAUUACAAUUCAGGAUAUCCUUCUAAUUAGUAAAGCUAGUUCACAUCAAUUGGUUUUGACAAAUCUGCUUCAAAUAAUUGCAAUCCUGCAUCUCUUUUGAUGAAUUGGAGUGUUUUACCAGUUGAAAUUUAAAGAGCUACUUUAAAUAUGAAUGGCAAUAUCGAAGAAGUAUAGCUAAAUUUUGAUAAUUGUGUACCUAUCAUCUAGAUGCCAAAUAAUAACAAAAAAUUGGCAUACCAGAAGGUAAGAGAAGCUCAAUAGCUUUAAGAAAAAUUAGUAUUCCAUCUUGCUAACCUAAAGGAGGGAACCACAUUAGAAAACGCUAUUGAUAAUUUGAGGGAAAAACUUAUGAUAGCAAAUGGAGAAAUUACUUCCUCUUCAAGGGACAAUGCAUCUGCAUUAAACAAAGCUAGUAAUUAAUGCAGCGAAUCAGCUGAAGUAUUACCCCAAUAAAAGGUUACCAAGCAAAAGAAGGCCUCAAAGAAAUCAAGCAAACAAGACCAAAACAUUUAAAACAACUGUUCCCCUCUAAAAUACCCCACCAGCAACAACUUUUCAUAAAAUAAUUAAUAGAUAGCACAAGCUAGCGACAGCAGAUAGAAUGAGAACAUAGAUUAAUAUAAUCCCACUUACAGCAAUACCAACGCAUCAACGAACAAUAAUUUUUAUCCUUAUCAUUCAGAAGAAGAUAUGUAAAAUAAGGAAGCAGAAAGUAAUAUUUAAGCUGCUCCUUUCUAGCAAGGAAACUAACAACAUCGUGCUGCUAAUAAUGAAUUCAGCGACAACUCUGCAAUUCACCAUCAUCAUCAUGCUGCUAAUAACAAUUAGUCAUUAGACGGUUACAAUCAUCAUCAAGCCCCUAAUAAAAAUGGCAUUAUGUCUCCUCGUAAGCCUGCCCAUUCUAUGCAAGGUUAUGAAGAAGAAGUUAUGAGCCAGUAAGAACUCAUGAAUAACUAAAUUAACCAAUACGAAGACUUCGCUUACUAACCCAAGCUUAGAAAGUACAUGUCAGACCCCUUCGGAGAUUACUACUAUCACAAUAAUCACAAUUACAUGAGCUCCAUUGGUAAUCACAACUAAAUCGGAAAUUUCAAUCACAGCGAUAACAUGGAUGGAGCCCUUUCAGUGAUUUACGAAGAUGAAAACCCUUAUUACAAUCAGUAAGGUAACAUGAUGUCUACAAAUUUUAAAAAAGACGAUGAUGAUACCCUCUACGGAUAUGUUUCACAAAAUGAUACAAUCGAAGACUUAAUAAAUUCCCAAUCCAAGCCUAAAUAAAAUAAAAAUGGAUACUAUGGAGGAAGUUGCUCUAAUAUAAAUAAUAAUUUCAAUUCUAAUGGAUAUUAUGGAUCAUACGCAGAUGAAGCAAAUAACGGAAGAGUAUAUAAUUCAAGAAACGCAGGAAUGGAUUCAUACUUCAACUCAGGCAAUCAAUAGAUUGGAAGUUCUGAUAAUUUUUUUGGAGCUACAAAACAACGUACAAGCAGUGUAGCUACAACUGAUCUUCACUCUUCUUCUCAAAGAAAACUUGAUUUCGAAUACGGAUUCGAAGCCAACAAUCCUACUUUCAAUAAAAAUUAUUGA